UAUAUAUAACAGUGUUGAUUUUGUUUAGGUCCUUGCGAUCAAAGUGGUACUAUAUAUGGAUGGCUAUUAAGUUUUGUAGGUAUGACGCAAAUCAGUGAAGAAGCAGUAUAUGUACUGCUGGAUUUUACCAUUUUUAUUAAAUUCUUCUUGAUUGUAAAGCUUGUGUAAGAGAAUGACAGAAGCUUAUUUUAAUGAUCUAACUGGUUGUUGGUUUGGUUUGUUUAAUACCACAUAAUGUAGAUUGUAAUGCUUACUAGAAUGCUUCAGUUAGAAAAAAAAUCUUACUUCAGUUGAAAUUCUCUUCCGGUUCAGUAGGUUCCUAUUACCGAAUUAUUUAUCACCGGUGUUAAUCAGUAUUCAGUUGUAUUGCUCUGGAUUUUCUAUAGACAAUGUGGAGGUAAAUUCAUAUAGAAAAAGAAGUUUGAAAGAUUGCACAGAGUAGCUGGUCUCUUUUCUCCUGACGUUUUAAUAUGCUUCAGAAAUUGACACCCAGACCAUGCUAAAUUAUUAGAUCCGGCCUUUUAAUAAUUUUAAAAAAAAAAUUAUUUGUGAAAUCAAAUAAUUGACUAAAAUACUCAAAUAAUUUAUAUAAAAAUUAGAAAAUAAGUAAUAUCAUUUUUGUAGGUUUAGAUACUACAAAACAAUUUCAUUUUAAAAUAAAAUCAACUAAAUUAAUAGAAACUUUUAACAGAUAAGACACAUAAAUAGUUUACCAAAAAAUAAUAAUAAGACACAUAAAUAAACACAGAUCACAGACAACAUACAAACAACAAGACUUCAGCUUUUGACGGAUUCAAUACUUUCAUAUCAAGUUAUUUUUCCAUUCUAACUCGUUCUUAUUGAUUACGUAAGCAAUUUUACAACUGGAUAUUUUUAGAAAAGGCCAUCAUCAUUUCUACGCCCAACAACUUAAAAAUCUCUUAGAGGCCCAAAACCUCAGACUAAACUACAAUACGCAAUUUUUGAUUAAGCUGAUAAUGAAAUUGAAACGAAUUUUGGAACCUACUUGGGAAGUUGGGCACAUAGCGGUAAACAUUAACAAAAAAUAUAGCCCACAUGGACGUGGUCGAGUGGUAGUCAAGGAUCGUUUUGAGUUCAAACUUCCUUCAAAACUACAUCACAAAUGCGUGGAAACAGGGGUUUUAUAUUGUUCUUUUGGUUGGUCGGAUCUCUGGACCGUUCUCCAGCUGACCCGAUGCUAGUAGCUCGAGUGUGGUUGAAGGGAGUCCAUUGAAUCGGAUUACCUGAGUUAUAUAAAAAAAAUUAACAAACAAUACACUAUCCUACAUCUCGGAGCUAAUAAUUAACCCUAAACCCCAAAAGGUGCUCUCUAAGUCUCUAUAUAUAAAAACUUAAUAAAUCAAUGAUUGUGAAGAGAAUAGGUUCAAAUAAUGAUUCGAGGGAAGAUCUCUUUGGUAUGCAAAGCACAAUGAGAAUAAGCAAGAAAAUGUAGUCAAAAGAAGUCGAAUAUCUUCUGUCUAUAAAACGCAUAAUACUAAGUUCCCAUCAUUGGCUGAUAGAGAACCAAAAAUAUUUCUCUAAUGAUAUGAUGUCUCACACUCCCUCCUUUACUCUCACGCUUUAUAUGAAUAGUGCUUACGCAGAAAACACUCUAUGAGAAUGAAGUGGUUGUAUUUUGCUAAUUUGUGGUUUCGUAAGAUUGGUCGACAUCAAAAACGAUUUUAAAAAAAUUACAUUAUUUACACAUAAAAAGUUGCCAGGUUAAAGACUAAUGCAAGUGUUUUUUUGAAGCACCAGUCCACAGGAAUGCAUUACACAAUCUUUCAAGUUUACGCUCAGUAACUAAAUUAGACACCACCUUCACAUUGUAAAGCAUGCCUCAAAAUAACUGUGAGUUUAUAUCUAGAAACUCGCAUAGCAAUCAAAUAUAAAUAUUCUCUUUAAAACGCUAUAAAGCUUAGUGUACCGAAUCUACAUUGAUCCCGGGCAUAGUAACCUUUACUGAAACAAAGCUAAGACUAAGACAUACAAAUGCACAAUAAAACUUGAACAAAAUGAUUUUGUUUUCCAUUAGAGCAUAUGUUCUCAUAGCAUUAAACCUUUCGAAUAAGCAUCUUCUCGUUACUAUUUAGCCUCACGAGGCCUAUAAAUUCUCACAUCUUCCUAGUAACUUAUCAAUAACUACUAAAAAAACAACAAGAACAAACCACAAACCACAAAACUCCUAAACUAAACGAGAUCUUACAAGAUAAGAAGCCAAGGAGCAUCUACAGAUGACGAGUAUUGGUGAGGACCGGGUAAUCUGCAUCCUGGGGUUUAAGGUUUAAGUACACGCAAAAAUAUGCGUACGCAUAUAUUUGUGUGUGUUAGUAUAGCUUUUAGACCUCAGGAUGCGGAUUACCUCUUCCUUACAAUACGUACACGGUUACACGGUUAAUGAGAGGUUGUUUCUUUUUUCUUCUUAACAUCGCUACUAGAUAUUGAAGACGAAUACUCCAUAGAGUCAGAUAGACAAGAACUCUUGGUAGUAUCCAUGUUUAUCCGUAAGUAUAUGUAAAUUCAAUGUGUACGUACGUGCAUAUGGAUGCAUUAUUAUAUACUACUACGUACAUGUUACACACUUAAAAAACUUUUAACAAAUAAGUUUUUUUUUUUCAUAAUUAGAACUACAUAUUACUCAUGAACAUUGAACGCUAAUAUGAUAUUAGAGUAUGUAUAUUGGUUUUGUUAGCUAGAACCGGUUUGUACCGGAUGGUUUACUUUUGUAUAUAAAUUCCAUGUACAUCGUCAUUUACAACAAUUAACAGAAACAAUUAUAAUUUUCAGAUUUUUUCCUCACUAGAACUUUGUUUCUGUUCACCAUCAAACUUCAAUUCCUCUAAUAUUGUAUCAGAGCCAAUCUGAUCUUGGUUCUUCCGCUUUGAUUCAACUGGAUUCAAGCUUUUUUUGGCUUUGAUUCAGUUUCGUUCAUCUUUGUUUUCGUUUCUUCUAAUAGAUGACUUACCUUCAUGUCAAACAAAAAUAACACAACCAUUUUUCUGGCACUAGUUAUUUAUGACCCCGGAUUCAUGCACGAGACGAGAUGACAAGAGUCGUUAACAAGUGGAGACACUAGUUAUUUCUCCAUGUUAAUCAUAUAGAAAAAAUUAUUUAUGUUCAAAAAAAAAAAUCAUAUAGAACAAAUAUUCACAGUCGAAUAUUUAAUUGCCGACCAACAACUAGCAUAAUAUUUUAAGUAAACACUAUAGAUUUUGUCCGUAGCAUAUACAUGACGUAUCAAUGAAUGUACUUACAUAACUAUUGCUGUACAUAGAUUCUUAUAAUUCAAAACAAGAUCAGCUUUCGUAAACUGAAAUUCUUCAUGUGAGAUUAGAUCACUAAUAUCAAAAAAAAUUGAAGCUUCUUACACCGUUACACGUCUUUGUUUAAUAGUUAACAUGUGAAAUACCGUUAGAUCAAUCCUAAGUAUUAUAGCAGUUAUGUGAUUUUGGGGUUGUAUAUGGCGUGUUCCCAAUAAAUCUGACCUCAAAAGCUUUUUUUUUUAAUCGAAACUCGCUUUUUUUUUUUUGAAACUCCCUGACCUUAAAAGCUAAAAUGCUAAAUAUAAAGUAAAAGCAUGAUUAACUCCAAUUUUUUAUUUGAGAUUUUUAACUCAUGAUUUAACACUUUUUAUAUAUUUUUUGGCUAAAAACGUCUCUUAUAUCUCUUAUAUAAAAGAUAGUUUUUAGUUUUUUUUCGUUAAGUACUAUCUGUUAGCCGAAGCUAAGAAUCUCAAUUAAGAGACCGGAGUUAAUCAUGCUUAACCCAACAAAUACAGCUUUUAUGUAUCAUAAACUUACUCGGGAAAACUCAGAAUGACAUAAAAGUUGAGCUAAAAAAACUCCUUUAAUUAAUAACUAACACAUGAUGUACUAGUUAAAAGUUGAAACAAAAGGGUGACUUGUGUCAUAAUAAAAAAAACUAAUUUUUAAGUAGGGAAUUUUCAAUUAGUGACUCAAUGCACGAAUGCUUGAUGGCAACGGUUAGUUGAUUACAAUUAACUGUAGAGUUGUCUAAUCAAUUGAGUCUAUGACACGACUCUUGUCCCUCUUUGAAAUAGUGAGAUGAAGUUUAUAUAUUUAUGCAUCAACCUGUAACUAUUUUAACUAAUAUAUUUAGGUUCAUCUAUAACUAUAAGUAUACGCAAUUACAAAUAGUGAACCUAUAUAAUCACGGCAUAGAUUUAUCUAUUGCUCAAGGCGAGGGGCCAUUCACUUCCUUUAACAAAUAUAUGUAUUUGGAGUUGUGAUUUGGCAUUUUGGUUCGACUAUGUAUUUGAUUAAACUAUCUGUUUAUUAUUUUUUAGCGAGGUGACUCAUUACAAAAAGAACAUAAAAUUUACGAUCAAUACCCAUCAAAACACUAUAUACUGUUCUUGUGAAAAGGUUAACCAUAAUAUUCUAUUAUAAAAUUUAUUCAACAGAGGAUGAGAUAAAAACGUUAGUACUAAAUUAAUGAACGUAUUUCAUCUAAAAAUUAUGUGCUUCUGUAGUAAAAUCCUUGUAUUUUUUCUCUCUCAAACUGUAGCUUUUGUUUUUUUUUUUUUUUACUGUAGCUUUUGUAAUAGAAGGAUUUUAGUACUAUCUGUUUAUUAAUUUCACUCUUCAAAUAUAGAUGUCCAAUACUGGGAUAAUUGUUGUUUAUUUCAGGAAAAGCACAAGUUAAAAUAAUGCUUAUAUAUAACAAAACAACGCUAGUGUAAACUACUAAUUGUUCAAUGACAAGAAGAAAAGGCCAAACUGCUUGGUUGGACCAUUUGUUUAGUCAACUGUGUAUCUGUUAUUUAUUACAACACUAAUAGAGAGUAAACAAAACAAAACAAAACAAAACAACAAUAAUCAAGCUUUCGCUACAUUAAAAAUUUGAAAUGAUCAAAAAAACAUGUAAGCAGUAUAAUUUUGUGUCGUUUUGCUAUAUUUGAAGGCUGGUGGUCUUGAAAUGAUACAAGUGGUUAACGUUGAGUAAUAUAUAUAUUUUGACUAUGCAUUGUACAUUUUACUUUAGCGACCAUAUACAACUAAUCACGUCGAUCACAUCUUAGAAACAAGCAUACAUGAAAUCAUACUGGGAAAGCUGUAAGCCGUUUGGACUGUUUCAGCGAGAAAGAGAAAAGCCUAUAGAAUACAUGUACAUUGUAUAUAUACAUGUCUACAAAAACACUCUUUAACAACCACACUAACAAGUAGUAUACGUAUUUGCUUGAAUAAAAAGUAGUAAACGUAUUUGCUUGCAUAAAUAUUUCUUCUAAAAGUAUUAACGAAAAAUAAUUGUAGAAACCAAAUUAAGUAUUCUUAGUCAUAAGAUACCAAAAAUUGUUAGAUUAAAACAUUUUCUUUUCGGAGUGUUAGUUGAGAUAAUGUUUUCCCAGAAGUGUCUCUAUUUUAUUCUAUCCCAAUUUGAUAAUUAAUUAUUCACGUAAUGACAUAGAAACUAGUUGGUUUCAGUUUUCUUGCUUUGUCGUCUUGGAACGGUAAAUUUUGAUUAGAAGCCCUGAUUACUUAAUUGUUCCACCAAUUAAAAAAAAACGAAUAAUUUGAGUUGACGAAUUCAUUUCCUGGUUAAAUCACACAUACACACUUCUUGUAUGUUCUUUCUUUCUCUCAAUGCUAAAUUUUCACAAUUUUUUCUUUAUUCUACGGAAGACACCCAUAUUCUAUGGCAAACAUCAAAAACCCUAAAAACGUGGAUGAUGAUUCCGAUCGCAUUUCAAGAAACAGUCAUCAAAGCGUUGAUAACUCUCUGUCAAGAUCUUACUUAUGCAGUUUCUGCGUAAGGGGCUUCUCGAAUGCUCAAGCACUAGGAGGACAUAUGAACAUCCACAGAAGAGACAGAGCUAAUCUCAGACAAAGGCUUAUGGAAGAUCACAAGGAUGAUGUUGUAGCGGAGAGUGAUCAUCCAUCAGAAGGUAUCUCUCUAGACCUUAAUGAAAAACAACAACAACAAGACGCCUUUACAUGUGAAGAUGAUGAUCAAAAUCAAGAUGUGGAAAAAGAUAUAAGUCCUGGUAAGAAAUUAGGGUUUUGGGUUCAAGAAAGCAAGAUUGAUACUACUAAUGAUGAUGAAAAAGUCACGGAGGUUGGCAUAGAUGGUUCGAGUUCGAGUCAUCAUGGUGAGAUUGAAGGAUUGGAUCUUGAGCUCCGGUUAGGCCAAAGCGCCGGGGAGAAGAAGACAACAUAAUCGCUCAAUGAUCAUCAUAUGUUUCUUUGUAUGAAAAGGAACAAAGUCCUUGAAACAUCAAACUCUUGAAUCCGUCUAUUACAAAUGGAUUCGUGGAAUGUAUUGAAGGUAUGCAUGUGUAUAUCUAUUGUUGCUACCAUUAUCAUUGUUGUUGUGUGUUUUCCCUGCUUUGAUUUAUUUCACCAACUUCUGUAAAUGAUAUACAAAGUCCAAACAAACAUAUACAUGUAACAUGUAGACAAAUAUAGAUUUAGUGCUUGCUUGAUGAUUGUUAUCGGAAAAUGGAUAACUUUAGCUUGAUUUAAAAUUAUUGAUCCAUACAUCAAUGGUAGAUAUCAUACCGAAAACGUUUUUGAAUCGUAUUACAUCUAUAUGAAGUUAGGAACUAAACAAAAUUUACGUUUCGGUAUAACCGAAAAGAAAAUAAAACCUAACACAAAGCCAAAACUAUA